ACUUCAAAUCUCUUCUUCUUCUUCAAAUCUCUGUUUCUCUAUCAGUCUUUCUACAUCAGACAUCAGAGAAGCUGAAGAAAUGAAGAAAGUGAUUCUGAAAUUGGAAGUUCAUGAUGACAAAGCCAAACAGAAGGCUAUGAAGGCAGUCUCUAGCCUUUCAGGGAUCGAUUCGAUCUCGAUGGACAUGAAAGAGAAGAAAUUGACGGUGACCGGAGACGUGGAUCCAGUAAACAUUGUGCAGAAGCUGCGGAAGCUCUGGUUCACCGAGAUCCUCUCGGUGGGGCCCGCAAAGGAGCCGGAGAAGAAGAAGGAGGAACCCAAGAAGGAUGAGGGCAAGAAAGAAGAUGCGAAGAAGAAGGAUCCGAACGAUCAUAUCGCAGAGCUUGUCAAGGCCUAUCAGGCCUAUAAUCCUUAUCUCACCACGCAUUACUACGUCCCGAGCGCUGAAGAGAAUCCGAAUUCCUGUGUUAUUUGUUAGAAAGAUCCCAAAGAAAGGAAAACGACGUUGGAAAUAUCAGUCAUGGUGUUAGAAGAUCGAUUCCCAUUAGGGAAGAAGAUAGUCUGUACAUGAGAGUGUUUUUGUUUUUGGGGAUGUAUAGAGGUGGAAUUAUAGCAUCUUAGAUUUGCAGCAGUCCGAUCUUGUGGGACCCACCACAGCAGAAGAUCCUGACCUUUCGAUCAGCUGCCGGCAGAUCGAUGCUGAAUAAGAUGAGAUACAAAGCUGGUGGGUGAUUGAAAUGGUUAAGAAAUUUUAAUGGGCCCCACUAAAUCGAUGGAUUGGAUCAGUUGAGAAUGGGCCAGAUGUGUACGGUCUCCGUAAUUCCUAUAAUAAGUAUCGGUUGAUGUA